GGGUUAAGGAUUUCUGUUAAGGUUCCAAUUGCGGCGUGAAAUGUCUAGACUUGUUGCUCGUGUGUUGCUCGGUGCUCGCUUGACAUUUGCAAACAAAGGAACCCAGGUUUUAAGUAAACCAAGUACUACUAAACAUCUUACUACUUCGACUUGGUUCUCUUCAUCUCAAGUUGACCGUCAGCUCAACCAGUUUUUGACCAAUGAGAUCAAACAAGAAAAGGCAAACGCUUUCUUCUGCAACCCUCCUGAAGGGUUCAAAGUAGUAAAAACCGAUGGAUGUGAUAUCGUUAUACGCAAAGAAUAUCAAGAUGGAGUUUCUGUCGAUGUAGAGAUUAAUUUGGCUGGUAGUGUUUCUCCUAGCAUUCCUGAGGAUGAUGUGAGUGCUCCAGAAAAGAUGGAGGAUGAUGCCCCCUUAGAAGCACAUCCUGAUUUGCGUAUCAAACUCACAAAACCUAGUGGUCGAAGUCUGGUUUUCAACUGCAGUCUCCCAGGUCACGACGCUGAUAAACAACUUUCUGAAGAUGAGUCAAAUAAUCUUCCCACUUAUUCCGUGGAUUCAGUUGAAGUGGAACGCAUCCCAGGCUAUUUCGUAUAUACUGAUCUAUUCGAUGACGAUAUGUAUAAUCAUACAAUGCAAUUACUAGUAGAACGAGGACUAAACGCCGACUUUCAACAAGAAUUGCAAAACUUCUGUACCUCAGAAGAGCACAAGUUAUAUCUAAGAUUUCUGGAUGAAUUCCAAAAUUAUUGCAAAGAAUAGUUUGAGAAAAACCACCCCAACGUAGCUACAAUUGUUAAAAUCAUUGCAUUUGACGUUAAACAAUUUAUUUAUUUCAAUAAUUACAAAAUAUUGUACAAAAUAGUUUAUCUUGAGUUCCUACGCAUUCAGCAACUGUUCGCCUGCUUGUGCUAUCGCACUACCUAAACAAAGAUAUGUCUCGU